CGGAGGGACGCAUCUCCCCGCGCGGGGCGGCCCCAGCUGUGCCCCCGGGAGGCCCCCCAACGCCGGCAAGCUGGAGGGCGGGGACGUGGCCCCGUCGGGCUCUGGCGGCACCAGGAACGCCCACACCCUCACCGAGCUGAGCUGUGGCGGGGAAGAGGUGGAACUGGUGAGCCUGCUGGAGGAGCAGCUGCCCCGCUACCGCCUGCGUGCCGACACCCUCACCGAGUUCUCAGGCUACGACAACGAGGAUUGGUGCAUCCGGGUGCCGUGCCUGCCUAAUCCCGAGACGUUGGACCUGUCGCCAGAGCUCAUUCAGGAGACCCUUAACUACUUCGUGGUGUCCGGAGAGCGUCUGAGCCAGAUGACGCGGACAUACAGCGAUCCGGAGGCCCUGACGCGUCUGCUGGAGGAGAAGGAGCGCGACCUGGAGCUGGCGGCCCACAUUGGCCAGGGCCUGCUGGCAGAGAAGGGCCAGCUGUGCGAGCGGGUGGAGGCCCUGGAGGGGGACCUGGCACAGGCACAGGACGCCCUCACCCACCUGCGCCACCAGCUGGCCACCAAGGCCGCCCUGCUCCAGGCGUACGCCCAGCACGAGGAUUGCUGGGCAGACGAGGAGGGAGGCGGCCGGGAUGGAGCGGGAGCAGGACACCCGCAGAGUGAGGAAGCCGACGCCUAUUGUGUCCUGAACCGCAAGAUCCAUCAGCUGGAGCAGGAGAACAGCCAGCUCAAGGCAGAGUCGCAGAGCCAGCUGAGCAGCCUGGAAACGGAGGAGAAGAAAGAGAUGCAGCUCAUCAAGGACUGCAUACGACAGCUGUCGGACGCGUCCCGGGAGUCGAGCAGCUUGCAAGAGGAACUGUCGCGGAGGACCGAGGCUAACCUGCGUCAGCAGCAGGAGAUUGCCUCUCUGUCGGCCCAGUUGGCAGAACUGCAGCGCUACACGCACAUGCUGCGUGUGGAGGCGGAGGAGCUGCGGGGGCAGCUGUCGCUGAGCAAGGGGCUGCAGGAGCAGCUGUCCUCCGAGCUGCAUGAGGCGCGGGUGCGCUACCUCGACCUACGGGAGGCCUUUGCGGAGCUGCAGGCGCAGCUGCGGACGCAGGCGGCCUCCUCAGCGCCGCCCUGCACGGUCCCGUCCCUGGCCCACGAGCUGAGGGACUCCAUGGCCAGGGGGGACAGCGACGGAUACACCUCCCAGGAGGAGCGCAGGGCCAACUGCGGGACAAGCAUUUGGUCGGAAGAGUCGGAGGAAUCGGACGGAAACGACGACAGCCAGUACUCAUCCCUGAGCAGUCUGGGACUGAGCCCCCUGAAGCAGCGGCAGCAGCGGCACGGCCGGCACCUCGCAACAACUCCCUGGACCCCCGGGACCGGCUUCCGCCUGUCGGACAGACUGCAGGUUGUGAAGCCCAUUGAAGGCUCGGAGACGCUGCAGGCAUGGCAGAGGCUGGCCACCCCCGGCCUGGGGGACCUAUUUUGUCAGGAGGGUCCCGGUGUAAGGCUCAAGACCACCCUUGCUGCACCCAGGCAGAUUACAGACCAAACAGACAAUCUGGCAGCCGGUGGGCCAGAGUGUGCCGCCUCUGGCACCGAGCACAGCAGCCCAAGUGGUCACGCCUCCGGAGUCCUUCUUAGGUGCUGUGCCCGGGAGCCCCCCGCGGAAGCGGACCCCUCGUGGCUUCGGCUGGAGGCCUCCCUGCGCAAGCUGUUGCCCGGGGAUGCCCUGCCCAGCGUCCUGGUACGCCCGGGGCCACAGGAGCGGUCUCUGCCGGGCACGCCCCCUUCGUCACCGGUGAUGCGCAAGAAGGUGCUGCGCUCAUUCAGGGCCCUCAAGGAAAGAGUCCCCACCAGUGCCGAGGCCACACACUCUGCGAGUGGCAGCUGAGAACCCGCUGCUGUCCUGGGACAGCCUUGGGACAGCCCUAGGGCAGCCCCAGUACAACCCUAGGACAGCCUUAGGACAGCCUUAGGGUCUUUGAGGAGCACUGCCGUGGCGGUCCCCCUGUGCCGGGCACCGCCGGCCUUCGCGAGCCGACACUGUGGUUGUGGGCCGUGCCCCUUCGAGCAGAUGCCGGUCGGUUUGGUUACGGAUGGCGGUGACCAGUGCUCGCCAGUUGCGGGACUUGUUAGGCUGUCUAAUCCUCGUGUAGUGGGCCACACACGGUUGAUCUGACGCGCAACGUAGUCGUGGGGUCGGUUCCUAGCGGCAGCGUGCUAGGGGCUCCGAGUUUGCGCGAACAGCUGGAGGCCGCCUUGGCUACGCCGACGGCCGUACAAUGAAAGUUGGCAGCUUUCAAGCCGCGCACGACCCUGGGCUCUUUUCGGUGCGCUGCUACGGACAUGUGUCCUCGAGUCUAGCGGGGUCUGGGGAACAAAGUCGGUGGGAGGAGGCUUAGUGUACUUGAAGAAGCUCGGCUUAGCGUACUUGAAGAGGCAAGCGUCUCUGACAUGCAACUGUUUUCGUUUCGGGAGUUUGUCAACCUGCUUUACAGGUGGGAGUCUGUUCAGUGUUCCAGUGCCUUUCCUUUAGCUUCGUGUUGUUUAUUUGGUGUGGAAUGUUUGAGAAAGCAAAGCUUGGGCAGCCCUGGGCUUGCCUUGUGCUCGAAAGGGGUGCUGCAACGAUGGGCCGGGCUUGAACUCUCCAAGUUUUAAUUUAGGGAAUGAGUAGACGGUCUUUCCCGUGUGUAGAGUAAUGCAUUUCGUAGGAUCGGUAUCAUAUAAUGAAGGCUCAACAAAGACCGAAUAGCCUUGCCUCUCGCAUCAGCUGAAUCCCGUAUGACGUUGACAACUUUUUAGCAUCUGUCGGCGGCACCGAAUGGAACUCUGCACUCUUCACAUUCACAACGGAGUAGUGUGCCAUUCUUCGCAAGUAGCACAAAAACCCGAUCGUCAGUUGCGAGUCUUACACUUGUGCCGCUUACAAAGGACCUUGAAACAAUUUUGACGCGUUAUUCUAUGUUGUUUGUUUAUUUUAGGUGUACCUCGUGCAACGUGGCACGAGCAGUUUUAACCCAAAGCUUGGUUUCAGCCGUGUUCUUUCAGAAAUAACUUAUUCCCAACAUUAUUUUUUUUUUAAAUCUCGAAAUUGUUUGUCAUACAUGCUUUUAAGUAGAGCGCCAAAGUACUGGCAUUGUAUGUCAAAGUGACGACCACUCCCGCUACAGGUAGCUGCGCGAGUUGGAAGUUGGUGGCAGUUGCAAGUUCGCACUAGCAAUGAUGCUUCGUGUGUGUCAUACAGCAUUCUGCAUGCUUCAAAUUUUUAUCUCCUUAUGCCCGAGCCCCACUAAAGCGACAAACAGGAACUACCAAUGCCAACGAGCCUCAAACAUUUGCGGUGUGCACGCGGGGGCAUCUUUGGCAAGCUUGUAAUUACUUUUGCUUCCUUCACGAGCACGAAGAAACUGCAAGCCUGCCAAAGGUACAAUCGUGUGCAUGUUCCACGUGUCUGAGGCUUGUCGGUGUCGGGUGUUCCCGUUUGUCGGUCUAGCAGGACUGGGGCAUUCGAGCGACGUCAUUUGGCAGGUGUCGAGUGCCGGGUUGUUCUCGUUGACCUCUGUAACCUCCCUCGUACAUUAUUUUUUCAAACAGGAGACAGUUUGCUUAGUUUCUCGUGCGCGGCGUCUGCACUGUCGGUGUUGCGAGGAAAAGGUUCCAUUCCUUUGCAGGGUACUUACUUCUACUUAGCCACACAGUUUGACAGUACAAGAACUUUAUUUUAAAGUGCAGUCGUUCGUUGUGCGCACCUCCUGUUGUUCGCGUUCGCAAUAAAACCGUCUGCGCCGUGUUCGGGAUGGUUGACGUGCCCUUAGCCUAUCUGGGGCUAGUUCACGCCAGAAUUUCAGAACGAAUAAAGCAGUCUGAAGCGACUACCCACCCCUGCUGCCAAUGGGCUACUGCAGCUUUCCAUCUCGGCCUUCUGCGGACAGUGCUGACCAAAAGAUCUUGCGCUUUUGCCAAAUUUUCGAAGGAGGCCUCGGAAAGAGCUGGCCCAUUGGGAUAGUAUGGCGCUGCAUCUUGCCACUCGAGGCCCUCGAGUGUUAUGUCACGAUGCCAACUUGCAAUAGCUUUGCGUAGCUUCAGUGUGCUCGGGCUCGCACAAUCCUGCGGUAUGUGCUAGAGCGACGGCAGCAUUGUGGAGGGAGAGCUAGAUGUCUUGUGGUGCAGGGUGCAAGUAAUGCAAAGAAGCGCUUUGGUAAAUGUAACAGUAAGUAUACAACAUUUACGAACGAGCACGGUACAAUGUCUGGCUCCUAUGGCGAAAACUCGAGAGCUUUCUCGAUUAUGGCAGUGUAGUGACUUGGGCGUCCAGUUCGUAAAUUUUGCAAACUCAUUGAUUAUGGUUUCAUUUGAGUGUGGGGAUACGCUUCAAAAUGCCUUCUGCUAGACCAAAAAGUUAUGCCUAAAAAUAUGUACAUAGUAGACACGUCUCACCGCACUUCCGAAUUGCAAAGCAGAAUGCUGCAAAGCUAUAUUUUUAAGCCUUACCAGAGUUAUUAAUAUAGACCACAUGUUGUGGCACAGUUUCCACCACAUACUCAAUUACAGCAUGGGCGGCGAGUGGCCAGGGGUGGAUUCGCUGUGAGAAGGGGUCCCACGUUCGACAUCCCUGGUUCCUUGGCCGCUGCCCCUAAGUUCCUUUCAUUCACGUCCAUGUUUCGCAACAGCGAAUGCUUUCGUGCAGGCAAACUUCCUAAAUGUUCCUUUACCUUAUGCCUGCCGACCACCUCCAGAAAUAGAUGUUUCGAGCAAGCGAUCAGAUAAUUUCCUUCCAGACACUUUUUAGCAACCACAUUAAACUGGUAGAGUAGUCAUUUCUAAGUGUAACUAUCAUUAUCAAAACAAGCCUUUUGCAUCUUAAAUGAAAAUUGGUAAUUUUAAAAUGGUGGGUGGUGGCCCUAAGUUUUUAUGAGGAGGGAUUUGUGCUGUGAAAGGUCGAGCUGACCACCGAGGUGCAGUUUUGAGGAAACUUUCGAGUUUGUUAUAUGGGCAGCUUCGAGUUUACGGCACAAGGUUUGCCGCGCUCUGCACAGUUCAAUGCAAAUGUUUGUUUGCCCUUGUUCUGAUCCAGUGCAGCCAACUAGAAAAAGAAACAUUUUACAAAAAAAAUGGAGAUCCAAUUUGUUUCCAUGGUUUGUUUUCCUUCGUUUUGUAGCAAUUUAAAUCUUGCGUGUUAAAUCUAAUUAGAAAGUUAUUUUCUUAUAUUGCACGCUUAAAGUAGAUGCAAAAUAAAAGUUGUUCCGUUGACACAUUUCCUGCAAGUAAAAACACAAAUUAAAAAGCUACCUGUGCAUCCCAAACAUUUCGUAAAGCUUAAAAAAAAAAAUUUAGAGUGCCACAUUUUUUAAGUACAUUGUGGGACCAGAGCAAGGAACUCUGGUUGGGUGUGGGGUAGUUGAAAUGUUUGCAUCUAGUCUGUGGCUGUAGCAGAUCUAGCGGUCCCAGCGCAGUGUCCUCUUUGAACACUUCUGCAUACCCUGCUCUGCUCCGGGUGGCAGCAGCAGCAACUGCUGGACUGCUACAGCGUCCAGUAUUUGUUGGGAUGACCAAGUGCCUUGGUCCCGGUGGCCAGAGGGUGCAAUGUUCCUUGUACAUUGAGUAGUAUUUAUGAACUUAGAAUGCCGCGAGAGUGCUCUCCUCGAGGCGUGGCGUUUUGUUGCGAGGCAUCUGUGAAACAAAUAAAAAAAGAAUAAAGGAGUAGAAUGGUGGUGA